GUUGUGUUCGAGCUAUACUUUAGGUGAACGUUACGGUCACCGAUCACCACACUUUUGUUGUUUAAAAACAUACAUACUAUCUUAUACUACAUAUGUUGACACUUGGAUAGCGAGCAAGGAUUUAUUAAAAUUAUUUUAGUUCAGUUGCAAAAAUUGUGAAGCAGUAGGUCUACAAAGAAUUGAGUGCUGACUAUCGUAAUGGAAAGAUGUGGUGAAUUAAGUGUUCAAGUAUUGAUUCGUUUAAUUCCCACAUGAAUUUUAAAACUGUGUUGCUGAAUAACUAAAAGUGUUACUGAUAAAGUAUAUAACUACUGUCAUUCACUCAUCAUAAGUUGACCAACUAGCUGAUCAGUUCAUCAUCAUGGGCAGACGGGUAAAUAUAGAUCAUCUCUCUGAUGCAGAAUGUGAGAGAAUCCUUCAGGUUAUCCAAAAAGAUUUUGAUUUAAGACAGAAGGAAAAGGCCAGACUUGGUCAACUUGAAGAAAAAGUAGAACAAGAGGAGACAAAGACAACUAUUCUUGCAGAAAAAAAGAAAUUUAAUGAAAAUUGUUGUAUUCGAUGUUUUCAGACAUUUGGCUUCAUUUUUAACAGACGUCAACUUUGUAGAUUCUGUGAAUUUUAUGUUUGUAAAGGUUGCAGAACCUACUUUUCGGAGUUUCGAGGCUACGCUUGUAAUUUUUGUCUUGAACAACGUGAUUUAAAGAGACAAUCUUGUGAAUGGUUCUAUUCAAGUGUUAGUAGAAAGUUUAAACGUUUCGGAAGUGCUAAGGUUGUAAGAACCUUCUACAAGAGAAAGAGUUAUUCUGAUAGUGAGCUGGACAGUGGGUAUGACCCUUCACAUAGUAGUUCAUUAAAUAUUCUCACUCCCAAGAAAUUUCGACCUAGUGUUCAAGGUGUUUUCGAUACUGUUAACAACAAUAACAACAACAAUGACAUUGAAAGUCGGGAUAAUGAACUGCCAUUACCGUCCACAGAAUCUCUAAUAAAACCAGUAUCCAGGGCUACCUCGUUAGAAACUCUUCUACCCAGCAGCAAAGAGCGUAAAUCAAAAUUUCAGUAUGAGGGGAAAAAAUCGAAGGAACAAGGCGAUAAUAUUAAAAACAGAAAAUCCAAAGACACAAGAGAUAUUUACAAAGAAGCGUUUGAAAGUGCUAAAAGGGCAGAAGAAAUUAAAUUCAAGACAAAGUUUGACAGGCUUAUAAAUGACUUCCAUAAAUCAUUGGAGAAAUCGGCCAAUGCUCGCACCAACUUCGGCAGCACUUCCUAUGGGGAGGAGAUGACAACAUUUAGAAGUCGAGUAAAAGAUCAGUUGAAAAAUCUCUCUCAGCGGUUACAGUUAGCUUAUGAAAGUUUCGAUACUCCCCAAACAGAGGAAGCUGUCUGUCAAAAAGUUCGUCAGAAUAUUUCCAAGUUGGUCGAAGAUCUUUUUGGUGAAUCUCUUGAUCUGGUGAGUAAAACAUCCGAUGAAGCUGUAUCUGAUCUGUCCUCAUUAUCUGAUGAAUCUGGAGCCGACCACAACUCAUAUGAGGACCACAUAGCUCAGGCAGUUUUAUCAAAGAUCCUUGAUAACCACAGAAAAGAAAAUGGUACCAGUUUACCGGAUGUAACCGAUGGAAGGUCAUUUAAUAACAAACAAGAUCAGGAAUCACUUCAUGAUAGUUUGGAGGAAGAUGAGGGUGAAAUAGACGAUAAUUCCAGUGAUCUCACCAAAGAUUUUGAGGAUUUAAAAAAAUUUGUGCGCGAAACUCAAAAACGUAGAACACCAUCUGUGCGUUCGAUAGAUGAGAAGGUUGAGAUCGAUGAAGUUAUCGUGCCUUCGGUAGACUAUGAACGGUCAGAGAAAAAAGAAGACUUUGAAAUCCGCUAUUCUAGUUUAGAGCGCGUUCAACGGGCAGAGCCACCUCUUCCCGAUUUUUCAGACCUGGAAAAUAUAGACUUUAGUACAUACGAGGUGGAUCCCGAUCUGUUAUCCAUGAAUCUAGCGAUUAUUCCCGAAGAAACCGAAGAAGAUUUGGAUAAAGUCUCUAAAAAUGAAGAAGAUAAAACACAAUGGAGGAAUAAUUGGAUUAUUAAGGGGGGAGCAGUGCUUUCCCCAUAUGAUAAUUGUGGGAAGAAGAUUGGAGGAGAUGGAGAAUUAUUUAUGAUGGUACCACAGCCGGAUGAUGAGAUGGUACCAAGAGUAGGAAAUGAAGAUGCUGAUCAAUUGUCCGAUUUCUCUGAUGAUAAUGAGGAGGAGGAGAUUAGUGAUGAUGAAAACUCAUUUUACGCCAAAACAUCCGAGGAACUGGCUAGAAUAUCCAGGAAAUUAUCUAAUGCCUCCUUACAUACUGACUCUGAUGGAGAGACGAAAAGUCGUAGUUCUGCAGAUUUUGAUAACUUUAAGAGAACUUUAUAUAGAUCUGACUCAGAUACCACCGACACGUCUGGCCCUAUUGUUGAUAAAUCCAGAACAAAGUUAAACUUUUCCGAGGAAUUAAUAAAAGCAAAAGAUGAUGAUCCAAAGUUUGUGUUGGCACCAGAAAGUGUGACCAUUCAGGAAGGAGAACCAUUAAAAUUAACAUGCCGAGUUGCUGGCUCUGGAGAUGUGGAUGUAUUUUGGUAUCGAGAAGGUAAUGAGGUUGAAGAGCUAGAAGAUUCUGAGGAUUAUGAGCUCACAAGUGAUGGAGAUAAACAUUCUAUUACCAUGUUUAAUCUAAAAAAAGAGCAGGCUGGUCAAUAUAUGUGUAUAGCUUUAAACGAACAGGACAAAUGUACCCAAUACUUUAUUGUCACCGUAAAAGGUUAG